AUGGAUAACGAGGCUCAUAUUGAUUCAUCGAUGAGUAAAGAUACUAAUCCUUUUAGGAAUGGGACCACUCAGGAACUAGAUUAUGCAAUCGAGAAUGAUAGUGCCAGCGGGCACUACAGUGAUAGGAAUGAGGAUGAUAUUAAUGAUACUAUUGAUAUGUAUAACGAAAUCGAAGAGAAAAUUGAAAUUGUUACUGAGGAAGAACAAGAGCAAGAAUAUGGAUCUAACAAAAAAAAUAAUUAUAAGUCAAUGGAUCCAGGCAGAAGUCCUUCUGAACUGGCUGCUAAUUUAAAAAAACAUAUAGAAAAUGUUGUGACAGUCAAUGACGAGAUAUUAAAUGCAUCUGUUAACUCUAUUAAUAAAACUUCAUUGGAUAAUCCAAUUCAAUUCAAAAGAGUUUCUUCAUCGUCGGUAUUAAGUGAACAAUCGAUUUCGGACUCUAAUGAAGAUUCACAAGCAGGAGAUGUCACAGUCACUAAGAAUAACGAUAUAGCUACUUCAAGUGUAAAUGAAAUAUCUACAUUGGAAGAUAACACAGAAUCAACUAUAAAACAGUUAAAUUCUUUGAAUGCGAAAACUAAUGAAAACCCCGUAUUAACAAAUGAUAAAACUCCAAUUGAGAUAAAUACGCAUACUCCACAACUACAAUCUACUAGUUUUAAUUCGUCAUUGGGAAACAAUAAUCCAACAGUAUCAGAUUCACAAAAUGAUAAUACAACAGGCAACUUUGAUAAAAAUAGUUCAUAUAAGACGCCAUUACCAAAAUCAAAUUCUGCUUCUUCAAACGCAUCUCAUCAUAAUAAUUCAAUCAUUCCAACUUCAAAUUCCAACUCAAAAUUGCAUUCAGCCACACCAUCGCAUUCUAAAAAACCUUAUAUUAACAAUAGUUCAAAUUCUACACCGAAAAUGCCACCUAUUAGUCCUUCAUCUUUGAAUGAUCAAAAUAAAAGAAAAUCAAGUAGCUCAAGAAUGAAAGGUGUCUUUUCUUCUUUGGUUCAAAAUAUAAAUAUCAAGAGAAACCCCAAUGGCGAAAAAAGAAAAUCAACUAAUAGUGGUGUCAGUUCAAUUAAUAGUGGAAGCAGCAGUAAUUUGAAAAUAUCAACUCCUUAUAAUGCAAAACAUGUCCAUCAUGUAGGAAUAGAUUCAAAAACUGGUGAAUAUACUGGUUUACCUGAAGAAUGGGAAAAACUUUUAACUUCAAGUGGUAUCUCCAAAAAAGAACAACAACAAAAUUUACAAGCUGUAAUGGAUAUAGUCAAAUUUUAUCAAGAUGCAACUGAGAAUAGUGGAGAAGAUAAAACUUUGAAGACAUUUCAUGUUAGUGCCAACCCACCUGGCGCCACCCUUGCGUCAGCUUAUAGAACGCCAUCUUCAUCAUCCGUCAAUAAAUUUUCUUCUCCUUCUAGGACUUCUGCAGUCGAGGAUUUAUAUUAUUCUCCUGAUGCACCACAAGUUGCACCAUUUUCAUCCACUUCAAAUAAUUCGACGCCUAGUUUGAAACAGUCAUCAUUCAUUAGCAAUAUGAAACCUGAAAUUAAUAGAUCAACUUCUUCAGCAGGAUCAAAAAACAGCUCUAUUAUUAAGAAUAAUGUUAUCCCAACUAAUGACAAAUAUAUUCCAAGCAGACCAGCUCCUAAACCGCCAAGUUCAUCUGAAAAGAAUAGCCUAUUUUCUGAAUUGCACGAAGCUCCAAAAAUUAAAAAACUUUCCAAGACAUCAACUCAAAGUUCACAAACAACUCCUCUUCGUUCUGCAACUGUACAGAAGGAGCAACAUCCACUUCCACCCAUUCCUAACAAAAAUGGCACACCUGCAAAAGAAACUGCAGGAGAUGCAACUGAAACUGCAACUAAAGCAAUUCCUCCUAUUCCAAAACCAAUAAAUGUACAAAAAACAUUGUCACAAGAGAGUUCCAAAGAGACAAGAGCAAAGUCACUUGAAAAGAAGAAGGAAGAAAGAGAAAAAAUAAAUAAACUAUUAUAUGAAAGGUUGGUAACAAUUGUUUCGGAAGGUGACCCAAGUAAACAUUAUAAAGAUUUAGUUAAAAUUGGUCAAGGGGCAUCUGGUGGCGUUUUCACUGCUCAUGACUCAAGGGAUGAAAAUAGAUUAGUCGCAAUUAAGCAAAUGAACUUACAAAAACAACCUAAAAAGGAACUAAUUAUAAAUGAAAUUAUUGUCAUGAAGGGCAGUAGACAUGAGAAUAUUGUCAACUUUAUUGAUUCUUACUUAAUGAAGGGAGAUUUAUGGGUAGUGAUGGAAUACAUGGAAGGUGGUUCAUUGACUGAUGUUGUUACACAUUGUAUAUUAACUGAAGGUCAAAUCGGUACUGUUUGUAAAGAAACUUUAGGUGGUCUUGCAUUUUUACAUUCGAAGGGUGUAAUUCAUAGAGAUAUCAAAUCCGAUAAUAUUUUACUAUCAAUGAACGGUGAUAUUAAAUUAACUGAUUUUGGCUUCUGUGCCCAAAUAAAUGAAGUUCAUUUAAAGAGGACUACAAUGGUUGGUACACCUUAUUGGAUGGCCCCAGAAGUUGUUUCAAGAAAAGAGUAUGGUCCAAAAGUUGACAUUUGGUCUCUUGGUAUCAUGAUUAUUGAAAUGAUCGAAGGUGAGCCUCCUUAUUUAAACGAAACUCCCUUAAGAGCUUUAUAUUUGAUUGCAACCAAUGGUACACCUCAACUAAAAGAUCCAGAAAACCUAGGUGAGAUUCUAAAGAAAUUUUUAGACUGGUGUUUAACUGUAAACCCUGAGGAGAGAGCUACUGCUUUAGAAUUAUUAAGCCACCCAUUUAUUACUGAUCAUGCUGAUGAAAAAAUAUCAUUAUCACCACUUGUAAAAUUAGCUAGCAUGAAAAAGUUAUCAGAACAAAUUGAAAGUGAAGAAGAGGAGGAAGAAGAAGAAGUUGAUGAUGAUUUGGAAGAUUCGUAA